AUGGCAGUUUUGGUGCCAAAGGUUGAAACUCUCGAUCAUGUCUACGCAGGAGGGUCGGAGGGUCAUACUGUGCCUGUUGAGCUCGAGCAACGGUUCAAGAAUUUGAUCCACAGUUUCAAAACUGACUAUGGUCACAAGCCAGACUUUGUAUCCAGGAGCCCUGGACGGGUUAACAUAAUCGGCGAACACGUCGACUAUUCGCUCUACAAUGUCUUGCCCACUGCUCUCACCGUUGAUGUGCUGAUAGCCGUCCGUGUUGUCACCCCUGGGGAUGGGAACGCAGCCGAAGUCAAGAUCGCCAAUGUAAAUCCUACCAAAUAUCCUUCCACAACUCUGGUCAUCCCAGAAUCUGGCGCAGUCGAAGUCGACCGCGAUAAUCAUUCUUGGAGCAAUUAUUUCUUGGCUGGGUUGAAAGGGUCCCUGGAAUAUCUCCGGAAGCAGUUCGGUGACUCUUUCAAGCCCAAUGGCAUGGAAAUCCUGAUCGAUGGAAAUGUCCCCGCGGGCGGUGGCUUGUCUAGCAGCGCCGCAUUUGUCUGUGCUUCUGCUCUCAGUGUCAUGGCCGCAAAUAACCACGAUAUCUCAAAGCAGGAUCUGCUUGACCUCUGCAUUGUGUCGGAGCGCGCUGUCGGUGUCUUCUCCGGAGGCAUGGAUCAGGCUGCAUCUAUAUUCUCUGAAAGAGGCUAUCUCCUCUAUUGCCGUUUCUUCCCGGAAUUCUCUGCAGAGCAUGUUCCUGUCCCGACGUCUGAUCCAGAAGUCACUUUCCUGAUCGCGCAGUCCUUCGUCACAUCGGACAAGGCGGUGACUGCACCAAUUCAUUACAACCUCAGGGUCGUUGAGUGUACGAUGGCGACUGUGGUUUUGGCAAAGCUUCAUGACAUAGCUCUGAAUCCAGACCAGAGCUCUCUGGGAUUCUGCCUGCGAAAUUUUCAAGAAGAGGUCAUGAAGAAAGACGGUCGCACAGAUGAGCCACUAGCGGCACAGCUCGACUCCGUGGUUGACAUUAUAAAGUCCAACCUCAAGGAGGAGGGCUACACCAGACAAGAUAUUGCCGAGAUUCUGGGUAUCUCCGUGCAAGAACUUGAAAAGCAGUAUAUGUCAAAAUUUCCCAUUCGAGCCGAUGUGUUCAAGCUGAGGCAGCGCGCCUUACAUGUCCUGGAAGAAGCUGGCCGUGUCCUCAAGUUCCGAGAAACUUUGACAACCUCAGGGAAAUUGGAUGAAGAGAAGUUGCUCUACCUUGGUGACCUCAUGAACAAGACACAGGCUUCGUGCCGAGACGUGUACGAAUGCUCAUGUCCCGAGAUUGAUCAGAUCUGCUCCAUCGCACACAAAGCCGGGGCUUACGGCACUCGACUCACUGGCGCGGGUUGGGGUGGUUGCACGGUGCAUCUGGUGCCCCAGCAUAAAGUUCCUGCUGUGACAGAGGCUCUCAAGCAAGAGUACUAUUAUAAAAAGUUCCCAGACAUCAGCAAAGAGAAGCUCGAGGAAGCCAUUGUCGUCUCAAAACCGAGUCAAGGGUCGUCGCUAAUUGUCGGUGCAGCGUUGGAUGUAUAA